AUGUCUCUGCUUAACCCUGUCCUGCAACCCCCCGGGGUGAAGGCCUAUCUGAGCCAAGGGGAGCGCUUCAUCAGAUGGGAUGAUGAAACAACAAUAGCCUCCCCGGUUAUCCUCCGGGUGGAUCCCAAGGGCUACUACUUGUACUGGACAUAUCAGAGUAAGGAGAUGGAGUUUCUGGAUAUCACCAGCAUCCGGGACACCCGCUUUGGGAAGUUUGCCAAGAUGCCCAAGAGCCAGAAGCUCCGGGAUGUCUUCAACAUGGACUUGCCUGACAACAACUUCCUGCUGAAGACGCUCACCGUGGUGUCUGGCCCUGACAUGGUGGACCUCACCUUCCAUAACUUCGUUUCCUACAAGGAGAACGUGGGCAAGGACUGGGCUGAAGAUGUCCUGGCUCUGGCCAAGCACCCGCUGAUGGCCAACGCCUCCCGCGGCACAUUCCUGGACAAGGGCCUGGUGAAGCUCAAGAUGCAGCUCAACCCUGAAGGGAAGAUUCCUGUGAAGAAUUUUUUCCAGAUGUUUCCUGCUGACCGCAAGCGGGUGGAAGCUGCCCUCAGCGCCUGCCACCUCCCAAAAGGCAAG